GUUGCUCACUUCUACAGUGAGUCGCUCGCUUGGAGACGAACAGCCAUACAAAUGUGACAGAUCUCCAAACGCUUUCUAAAUACCAAAUAAUGAAUAUGGCUGCUAUAAGGAAAAACGGAAGAUCUCCCAUAAUGACCGCUGCUGUAAGCUACUCCCGCUUGCGUCAGGUCCAGGCUCUGUUGAGGGAUGAUGUUAAUAAAGCUCCAGAUUGCAUCCUCUGCUCUCUGGGUAUUGACAGCCGCUAUAAUGAAGGGUGCAGUGAGCUGGCCAGCUACCUUUUCUGUGGCCUGUAUAAACAGAACCAUUCUGACAUGGAGCAGAUCCCAGAGGACUUUCCAGAGGAAGUGCUGGAUGAUCUGAUCAUCCUCAUUAAGGCAGAGUGUGUGCAUCUGUACUGCAACCCUGUGAAUUAUGGCUACCUGCUUCCAUAUGUAUCUCACUGGAGGAAUCUGCACCUCCACUGUCUGACUGAGACAGAGUAUGAGGAUGAAGAGGUGGCAGAAGAAUUUAAGAUCUCAAGUUUUGUGUCAAUGGUUCAAGACUGCCAUUGUAUUGGAAUUCCCUACAGUUCCCAUGGCCUUGUUAAAAAGUUUGACAUGUUCAUGUUGGAGAAAUGGCCUAUCAUUCAGGCAUUUGCACUGGAAGGAAUCGGCGCUGGGGUGUUUUUCACCAUGAAAUACAAGCUAACAGAUGUGAGUCAGAGACUCUGGCAAAUUUAUAGCAGAUUAGACCCAGUGUCUUUAGACAAGCUUCUCAAUGAGGACCUGCAGCUGUUUGAAAGACAGUGGAGUUGCCUGUUCUCCAGUAUGGAAAUAGAGAGUGCACUGUCCAUGCAGGAACUGUCAGAGGCCCAAGUUGCAGAGCCUUUCAGAACAUAUUAUUCGCAUGGUCUCAUUUCCAGCAAUAUCACAGAUAAAAGUAAAAGUAGGCAGCCGUUUGUCUUGUUUGGGAGUCAUUCAGCUGAGGAGGAUCUGGAGAAUUACUGUUUCACCUUCCCCUCUGAAGGCCACCAGGUUCGCAAUACAGGGCUUGGUGGGGGUGUUGCCAAACACAUGCUGCUACAGUGUGUGGCCCCUAAAGGGCCACUGGCCUGUGCUCGAACCUAUUUCUUUGGAAGCACUCACGUCCCAUACCUGGGAAAUGACAACACCCAGCAGAGGAGCACUGAGCUCCAGCUGCUUUCACAAAUCUACUCAGCUACAGUUCAGUCUGUACUGGCAGGAAUCAAAUGUUUUUCCAUCAACUCCAGCGCUAGUAAGGCAAAGGAUGUAGCAGAGCAAACAUUUCAGCUGGCCUUAGACAAAUUUGGGUUGAAUCAGUACAGGGGAGCUCUCAGGUCCAAGGCUGUGUUUAGCAUACAGGCUGUUAAUAACUUUGGAAUAAUUAUUCCACUCAGUGAUGAGGACAGUCACUUUCUGGUUAAAACUGCGUCCAUGGUGGUGUAUGAUGUCCCAGAUCUCCAGUGUGGAAGAAACCUGGGAUCAGUAGUUUUCUCUGAGUCAUUUCUAGACUCCAGCAUUUACAUUCAGCAGAGAGAUGGCACUCUUUCCUCAGACAGCUGUUUUACUGUGCUCACCUCCUCAGUUCCUCGCCAUGUCUGCUGGCUGGUGGAUGAGGCUGAUGUGCGAAUGUCUGAACAGGCUCAACAUCUGCUAAAGGAAGUGGAUGGUACAUGUCUGGGCAUUCCUCUGACAGUUAGAGACUCUGCCUAUAUGUUCUCCAACAGCCUGCUGUCUACACCCGAGGAAGGGAAGCUCGUUUUUUUCUCAGAGGGUAUCCUGUUUGUACAUCCACAUCAUGGCUCCAUCACACUCUCUAUGAGUCAUAUCAACACCAUUAAACUCUAUGACGGGGGCUCUUUGUCUGAUAUUUCAAUGCUGUUCAUAGAGUAUCAGACCUCUCUGCUACCACACCUUCCAUUUCCUUUACACAGCAAUGAGCACUCUCUGGCCAUCGCGCUACUGCCUAGAACCAAGAGCUCCAAAAGUUUCUAUUCACAGGUCCUGCCAGCUUGGCGUAAGUCAGAUUCUGGGCUGAGAGUGCAACAUGUGCUCCAUGAUCAGCUGAGCCCUGAGCACAAGAGCGUGUACUUCAGGCUGUUGAAGCUUCAUGAGACACAUGCUCCAGCAGCAAAUAGCCACAGAGCUGUUCUGAAGACUGCUUAUCCACAGCUACCAGAGCAGGAUAGGUUCCUACAGCAUUUUGCCAUCAGCAGUAGUGUGGGUGAAGAGUCUGUCUGUAGUGACCACAUGUCUGCUGUCUUUUCAGACAUAGUGCCUGAAAGCCCCAAACCUGAAUCCAGGAAAAAGGUGGUCCUCACGAUCAUUGCAGGCUUGCCUGGGAGUCAUAAGGAGAAUCUGUGUGAUUUCUUGAUGGAAAUGAAUCAGAAUAGUGCCAGGUGGGAGGUGUUUUGCCCUUCUCUGGAGCGCUCUGAGGAGUUUAGUGCACCACAACUUCAGCUGUUUCUGAGCAGCCUUCUGGCCACACAGAGAGAGAACUCCUCCAGAGUUCUGCUGCUUAUACCAGGGUACACUGAUGUGUUGGAUGUAAUCCAGGCUAUCACGGCUCAUCCAGACCCUCUAGUUCACAGCCGAGUGACAGUGGGUGCCAUCUCAGCCUGUGUCAACCCACUCACGUCCUUCAUUAAACACAGGCUUCUCUUCCCAAAACUACUGGAGCAGUGCAGUCAGGGCAUCAUCAGCAAUGUUGUCUUUACGGGUUUGACUACCGAGCAGAAGCACCCCCUUCUGAAACACAUGCAGCAGUUGAUCCGGGCAGCCAAUCCCAGUGCUGCAUUUAUCUUAACAGAGAAAGGGGCAGUCACAAGGACUGAAGAUAUGAGGCUCAUCCUGAAUGACAGCAGUUUCUCACAGUCUCAUAUGAUCAAUGCACGAUACCUGCUGUAUCCUGGCUGGUGGGAGGGCAGGUUUGUCUCUGGAAGUAGCUCUUUGUCUAUGUCUCAGCACUGUAUUGAGUUCAGUCGGCCUUUGGAAAGAGUAUUGUUUCUGCAGCACUGCAAAGCUCUGAAAUCCUCUCUCAAACCCAGCCCUUUCACAGGAAACAUCUAUCACUUCAGUGGGAAAGUGCUGUUCUCUGACAAUGAUAGAAUGAUGGUGGUUAACUGUAACUCUAUCAGUGGGAAUGUGACCGUUGCCCCCGAUCAAAGGACUCAGCAUGGCUCACGGACAACAGACAACUGUUACCUAAUGUUUCACGGAGUGGGGCUCACUCAGGAGGCCCUGAAAGACUGGCUCCGGCAUUGUGCCAAGCAGAAAGUACCAAAGAUGGUCAAGAAGAAUAAGAGGACGCUAACCCCACAGGAGAUUAAAUCCAUUCAUGUGAAAAAACAUCUGGAUCCUCUUCCUCCUGGUUACUUCUACAAUGGUCAUCACUUUGUCAGUUUCUAUGGAGAGAAACAGAAUUUCCAUCCUCGAAGCUGACAGUGCACAGUGUCAGUCACACAAACACAAAACACCAACAUCAGGACAACACACAUAGUCCCUCAGUCUAGCCACUCAAUCUACCACAAUUGGAAUGCACGACCCGGUGCUGGAAGGUGCAUGCUCCUCACAAAGUCCGUCAAAAGCAUCGCAUCAAGGCAGCAGCUGAUCCCCAUCAGAAAUACGCUAAGUUCUCUAUCUUAUUCAUCUGUUUGUAUUUAGAGGAUGGUUUAAGGGUCUUAGGGUUUCUGCUGCCAAUGUUGUCUGUUUAUCACAACCCUCAUUUGCAUAAAUAUCAAAUUCAAGAGGCAAUAUCACAUUUCAAUCUCAAUAGUUCAAUCUCUCAUAGUUCAUGGUUGGCGAUCACGUGUUUCACACCGUGACGGCCAUGUCAUGGCGGGUAACUCAGUUAAGGUUCACAAUGCAUAAUUCAGUCACUGUGUUGCAUGCUUGAGUGUACCCCUAUCAGGGAAUCAAGAUCUAUUAUUCAUGCAUGUCGUGAUGCACAAGUACAUAUCGUAUGGGGUCUAUUACUCCAUUCAGUUAAGAUUAUGCAUUGUUUUGUUGAUCGCUCCUAUCACACGUAAAUCACGAAGUGUUUCUAACUUCAUACGUCUACUUCCGUAUUCUCCAAAUAAGGAAGCACCACUUGUUGUUCCGCGCCUCCGACAUCUAGCAGCAGGCUUCGCUCAUUACAUUUCCAUUUUUCAACAGCUCAUUUCAUUACCAGCACAAUGCAUUUUGCUGCCUUAUAUGAUCAAGUCAAACAGGGGUGUGAUUCCUAUUCCACAGUCUAGUUUAUGUUUUAUUACUCAUUCAGGCAUCAUUAUAGUGCAGAAAUUUGUAUUAUAUGGCUCUCUGUAAAUCAUUUAUUCUUUUAUCACUGUUCGGACCAUGUUUCAAUCAAUGGGAACUUUCUAAGCAUUGGGGCUUUCUCAGUGUUCCAAAUUUCAAAACUCAUUACUGAGUUUAACAACUAUGUUAGCCUAACUACUUUACAUUUUUAUUUUAAGUAUCAGUGCAUUUCAGUUUUUGCUUCAUUCACUUUACAUGUGCUCGUGGUUGGGGCAGUUAUAUUUAGUAGCAGCUAAGUAAGGUUUUGUUUACUCAUUGGAUAAACCUGUGCCGGAUUAGUUUUUUCACAGUGUUCGAAUUUCAAAAGCUCAUAAUUUCGCUACAGUUAAUUUUCCGUAUCUGCUGGUAAGACAUAAGCUUCCUCAUAACGCUUUCUUCGUUAUUUCUACAACUAUAUUUGCCAGUACGCAUUAUUUUAUUUUUUUAAAGUUACCAAUGCGUUUUUCUCUCUGCUCCUUUCAUUGUAAAUAUAUUUGCGGUCAGGGCAGCUUACAUUUAGCAGCAGGUAAGUAAGAUUUGUUCACUCUUGGAUAAAACCGUGCCGGUUAAGCAUUUCUUGCAAAGCAGAUACCGAAUAUUCAGUUUACUGAAGCUUUACAUGUCAUGGACCAUGCGUCAUUUGCUGGUUUUACGGGCUUUAUCAGGAGCUUCGACUUCAAACAUCACAUCUUUCGCUUCCUCAUACUUUAACCCCAUCCAAGGCUGGGCAUGUAGUAACAGUCAGUAUCUGGUGUGGCCACCAGCUGCAUUAAGUACAUUAAGGAGUGCAUCUCCUCCUUAUGGACUGCACCAGAUUUUCCAGUUCUUGCUGUGAGAUGUUACCCCACUCUUCCACCAAGGCACUUGAAAGUUCCCGGACAUUUCUGGGGGAAUGGCCCUAGCCCUCACCCUCCGAUCCAACAGGUCCCAGACAUGCUCAAUGGGAUUGAGAUCCGGGCUCUUCGCUGGCCAUAGCAGAACACAAACAUUCCUGUCUUGCAGGAAAUCACGCACAGAACGAGCAGUAUGGCUGGUGGCAUUGUCAUGCUGUAGGGUCAUGUCAGGAUGAGCCUGCAGUAAGGGUACCACAUGAGGGAGAAGGAUGUCUUCCCUGUAACGCACAGCGUUGAGAUUGCCUGCAAUGACAACAAGCUCAGUCCGAUGAUGCUGUGACACCACCCCAGGCCAUGACGGACCCUCCACCUCCAAAUCGAUCCCGCUCCAGAGUACAGGCCUCGGUGUAAUGUUCAUUCCUCCAAUGAUAAACGUGAGUCCGACCAUCACCCCUGGUGAGACAAAACCGCGACUUGUCAGUGAAGAACACUUUUUGCCAGUCCUGUCUGGUCCAGCGAAGGUGGGUUUGUGCCCAUAGGCAACAUUAUUGCCGGUGAUGUCUGGUAAGGACCUACCUUACAACAGGCCUACAAGCCCUCAUUCCAGCCUCUCUCAGCCUAUUGCGGACAGUCUGAGCACUGAUGGAGGGAUUGUGCAUUCCUGGUGUAACUCUGGCAGUUGUUGUUGUCAUCCUGUACCUGUCCCGCAGGUGUGAUAUUCGGAUGUACCGAUCCUGUGCAGGUGUAGUUACACGUGGUCUGCCACUGCGAGGAUGAUCAGCUGAACUUCCUGUUUCCCUGUAGCGCUGUCUUAGGUGUCUCACAGUAUAGAAAUUGCAAUUUAUUGCCCUGGCCACAUCUGCAGUCCACAUACCUCCAUGCAGCAUGCCUAAGGCACAUUCACGCAGAUGAGCAGGGAACCUGGGCAUCUUUCUUUUGGUGUUUUUCAGAGUCAGUAGAAAGGUCUCUUUAGUGUCCUAAGUUUUUAUAACUGUGACCUUAAUUGCCUACCAUCUGUAAGCUGUUAGUGUCUUAACGACCGUUCCACAGGUGUAUGUUCAUUCAUUGUUUAUGGUUCAUUGAACAAACAUGGAAAACAUUGUUUAAACCUUUUACAAUAAAGGUCUGUAAAGUUAUUUGGAUUUUUACAAAAUUGUCUUUAAAAUAAAGUGUCCUGAAAAAGGGACGUUUAUUUUUUUGCUGAGUUUAUUAACACCAUGGGACCACGCAGCCAUCAUACCACUCAGGAAGGAGACGCAUUCUGUCUCCUAGAGAUAAACAUAGUUUGGUGCAAAAAGUGCAAAUCAAUCCCAGAACAACAGCAAAGGACCUUGUGAAGAUGCUGGAGGAAACAGGUAGACAAAUAUCUAUAUCCACAGUAAAACAAGUCCUAUAUCAACAUAACCUGAAAGGAAAGGCUGCUCAGUAAGGAAGAAGCCAGUGCUCCAAAACCGCCAUAAAAAAGCCAGACUACAGUUUGCAUGUGCACAUGGGGACAACAAUCUUACUUUUUGGAGAAAUUUCCUCUGGUCUGAUGAAACAAAAAUUGAACUGUUUGGCCAUAAUGACCAUCGUUAUGUUUGGAGGAAAAAGGAUGAGGCUUGCAAGCCGAAGAACACUAUCCCAACCGUGAAGCAUGGGGGUGGCAGCAUCAUGUUGUGGGGGUGCUUUGCUGCAUGAGGGACUGUGCACUUCACAAAUAGAUACACAUCAAAACUUUCUUGAGGAAGGAAAAUUAUGUAGAUAUAUUGAAGCAACAUCUCAAGACAUCAGCCAGGAAGUUAAAGCUCAGUUGCAAAUGGGUCUUCCAAAUGGACAAUGACCCCAAGCAUACCUUCAAAGUUGUGGCAAAAUGGCUUAAGGACAACAAAGUCAAGGUAUUGAAGUUGCCAUCACAAAGCCCAGACCUCAAUCCGAUAGAAAUUUUGUGGGCAGAAAUGAAAUAGUGUGUGCAAGCAAGGAGCAACUUAUUGUGAGAAGCUUGUGGAAGGCUACCCAAAACGUUAGACCCAAGUUAAACAGUUUAAAGACACUGAUACCAAAUACUAAAAAAGUGUAUGUAAGCUUCUUGAUGAAAGAAAUAAAAGCUGAAAUAAAUCAUUCUCUCUACUAUUAUCCUGACUUUACACAUAUAAAUAAAGUAGUGAUCCUAACUGACCUAAGACAGGCAAUGUUUUCUACGAUUAAAUUUCAGGACUUGUGAAAAACUGUUUAAAUGUAUUUGGCUAAGGUGCAUGUUAACUUCUGACUUCAAAUAUAUAUAUAUAUAUAUAUAUAUAAGAAUUUUUUUUUAAAUAUUUUAUCAUAAAAUUACAGUAAAUGUGUCGUCUUUUUAAAUAAAAUAUUAUUAUUUUUUACCGUAAAUGUUUAAAACAAGUUAACCAAACAGUUGUUUUUUUAUUGUAGCAUUUUUACGAACACUUUCAGAGUGUACUUCUAAGAACUUCUGGUAAUGCGUUACCAACAUAAUUCCUGUCAUCGGAAUUUAUUUACAGUGCUGUGUGCUAAGCUUUUAGGUGUAUUUUAACACAUUUCCCAUUUGUUAAUACAAACUGAGGGUUGAGUUGAAAUAAUUGAACAAAAAAUUAAACAACACAAUAUCAAAUAUUGUCAAGCAGAAUUGCAUAUUCCUUUAUUGUGUCUUUGUCAGAACUGAUGUGUAUGUGAUUGUGGGUUGUCUAAUCUGUGUAUUGUCUACCACAUGUGUUAAUUCCUUACAUAUGUGUGCCUUCAGUGAUGGACCAGUUCAUAGAGGAAUACGUGCUAGAGGCCAAUAAGGAGAUUGAGCGAUUCAACAGAGAGGUGGACCUUCAGCCACAUGCUGAUCUCUUCGACCCCUAAUCCCCUCAUCUGACAAAUUCACUUGCUGGGGGGGAGGGGGGUCACUCUGCAAUCACUAACGUCCACUAUCCAAUCACUUGCACAAAAAUGUCCAUUUCAGAUUAAGGGAUGGGAAGGAUUUAGCUCACGUUCCCAGGGAAAAAUCACAGCCUGAUGAGAGAUCCUUUGCCCAACAUACCAUGACUGUAAAUAGUACCAGUGAGAAAACUGAAAUGUAAUUCUGUAGCAUAAAAACUGUAAUGCUAAGACUGUGUAAAGCCAAGAAAAUGUGAUCUAAUGUCUCAUGACAGAUGGCUCAAACAUUCCUCUAAAGAACGCAUCAGAUUUCUGUCUGUAUGAUGAGAUCAGCAAACGAGGCUCACGCAUUUAUUAGAUACGUUUUUGCAGUGUACAUAGUGGUAAAACUCCCUUGUGAUGAGUCCUCCUUGCAGUGUUGCAUAUCGCCUUAAAAUUAGCCUUGGAGGUCCCACUGUAAUUCCAGUGCCUAGCAGACAUAUUGAGCUGAAUUGUAAUGAAGUUUGUCAGUGAAGCUGAAAGUGAUCAAACAGGUGGAAGGCUCAUUUCCAGCCAUGUGCGUCUGGAAAAGCAGGUGCACUGCACCUGCCCUCAGUCAGCCUCUGUCAGUCUAUUCACUCCUGCUGUGAAGAUCAGGGCUGAGGAUCUCUCAUCUGCUUCAGAUCUUAUGUAUACACUGCAGUUCUCUAUUCAGCCAUUCUGAAAUGAUCAACUAACACUGCAGUACUUAAAAGCACACAACCCCCUUUUGGGAGAGGGUGUGGGUUUAUCAGAGAGUGAUUCAAGAGGGUUGAUGGAGGGUUUAUUACUUGGGGUACUUAUAGGUUCUUAAUCAGACUGAGUAUUUGAUGUUGGGUUGGUGUGUGGCACCAGAAAUUGGUUUGGUGGGUUUGUGUUAAGCCUGUGCUUAUUGAGUCUGCAUUGGUUAUAAGGCAUGGCUGUACCGAAGCCUGUACUGGCAGAAUCAGAAUUAGUGUGUGUUUAGCUCACCCCCGUAGAAGCUGAUCUGUACUGUACUAGAUCCGUUCAGUAUUACGGUCAUAUUUUAGCUCUUUGCAGAGGAGUGUGACUUUCUAUGCAUGUUUACUGACUAAUCACACAGCAGGGGGGCAGCAGUGUCUUGCACACACAUAUUUGACCGUUUGACUGUAAGACAAGCCUUAAAGAAGCUCAAAGCUGAAAGUAAUGCUUUUAAAACAAUUUUUAUGCUUCUAAAAUGUACUAAAGGUGGGGACUGAUGAACUUCCAAAGAACUCAGACACUGCUGGUCUCCUCUGUGCUUCAGUAUACCAGUCAAUUUCUAUACAAGUGUUAAUACACUACAUGGGUUAGCAGCUCUCUCACCAAGCCAUAUUCACAAGAUUGUCUGAGAUUUAUUAGCUACAUAAUGCUUGUGUUGCUAUGGGCACAUUUUGUUUUUUGCUGUUGCUAUGGAGAUUUACAAUCUGGUUAACCUGCCUUUGUCUCCUGAGACUUUACGUCUCUUGACACUUCUGUAUCUUGUCAGUAUGCAAGUGCAGUUUUCCUCAAAGCUGCCCUGUUAUGAGUGAACUCUGAAAGGACGUUGCUGAGAAUGUGGAUCCACUUUAAACCAACAAGGAAAGAGAAGCCAGCUACUCACUAAUAGUUGACAGAGCCUUAGAAGGAAGCAGUCACUUUACUCUAGCUUUCAGACUGAACACUUGUGCUAAAUAGCUAGAGCAAGCGCAAUGUUUGAAACAAAACGCAGGUGUCUUGAAGUGUUUCAAAAGUUGAAAGAUAAUUGAAAAACAGUGCAAACAGAUGCAAAACACAUUUAGUGUGAACUGCCCCUAACAGUGGUGUUGCUAUCAGAGCUGGAUUCUACACAGCAGCUGUCCUUAAAGGGUACAGGGCUACGUAUCACUUACAUAAUGUGUACAGUAGUUCAAAGUAGCAGCCAUUUUUAGCACAUACUAUCUGCAUGUGUUAAGAUGUUUUAUCAAGUUCUAUUUAUGCUCAAAGAAAUGCCUUUCACCAAACUGGAACAACAAAGAAAGAAAUUGCAAGAGUUUGAUCUAUUUUUCAUAUUCGAAAACAAAAUGAUUUAUCUUUAGAGAAGCUCAAAAGUUAUUUUUAUAAUGCUGUAAAAUCAAUUAAUUGGAGCCAGAUGAUAGUAUUCAUUGGGAGAGGCAGAUGCUCCCCUGUGAAAGAGAGAUUUUGGCUGCCGCUACAGAGUCUUGGCUGAGAGCAGGGGCAUCCCCACACAGAGCCAAGUGCCAGUGUUGGUGAAAGGUUAUGAAGAGUUGUUUAUCUGUGUAGUGUAAUGGGCCAGUGGGAUCUGCUGGGUAACAGAAAGGCACUGGAGGGCCACGGUAAAACUCAAAGAAAUAGAAAAUUAUUUGGUUGAUAAAUUCAGAGGGUAUGUUUUGGUGUUUAUGAAGCUGAUCACUAGACAAACACCAUGAAUCUGGCUUUUGAAUCUUAUUGUGGAGGACUCUAGUGAGGCCCUCCAGAGGCAGUUCGUGGUAUUACAUGCUUAAACCCCCUCUGGCCUGCACAGUUGUAACUGUGGAGCUGAAGUUAGAGGAACAAAACAAGAGUUUGGUGGAAAGAAUUUGACAUUUAUAUGUCAAUAAUUAUAUUAAAUUAGCAGCUGCAAUGAUAUUCAGAUUAGAGGGAUACUUUCUUUUUUCUUCCUUUCUUUUCUUUUUGUUGAACAAAAAAAUGACCUGGGUUCAAAAAGGUCAAAAUUUUCAAACUGAUGCACUUUUUGAGACUGAAAUCAGUAUUCUGAGUCUCUUACUUGCCUUUGGUGGCAUGCUAUUAUUUUUACAUUAAUAUCCUGACUCUCUGUGGUCACUGAAGGCUUGUUCCUGACCAAACAAUUUUAUUUUGUCCAUUCUCCAGCCCCUAAAGCCUGCAGAGAAAUCAGUGUUUUAACAGCCAAUCAGAGGCCGAUUCUUCAGACAGCACGUGUCUUGUGUUCAUGCCAUUAGUAGAGUUGGCAAUACCAGCAUAGAACUUUUAUUUCUAACGUCCAUCACAACUGACGCAUUGUAUUGUGGAUGUGACAUGCAGGGUUUCUGGGGGCUGCAGUAAAAUAAGGACUAGCUAAAGGGCUAAAUGAUUUCAAUUCCUGCUGUCUGGCUGGGGACAAGCCUGAAAAUACCUUGUAAAGCCUGAAAAAUGUAAAUGGUUAAAAAUAUAGAUGUUAUUAGCUGUAAGUUAUUUGCACAAAGCUAAACAUGUACCUGAAAGUUCAUGUAUUGGCAUUAUAGGGAGCCAUUUGUUUUAUGUGGAAUUCAAAUAAUAGAUUCCCAGACCUUACCUCAGAAUCAGAAUAUCCAGUGCUAGAAAUUCAUGAAGUCUUUACUAUCUUUAUAACUGAAAAAUAUUUCAAAUAGUUCUUCUUGAAAAGUGCCAAAAGUUCUUAAAUGGCUUUUUUAAAGGGUUCAACAAAGGUUUGUGAAAUUCUAAAUUUGAGUGUUGUUUGCACAGAACUACUGUAACUCCCGUUUUCUCCUGUGACUGAUGCUUUUUUUUCUAAUAUAUGUGUUGUAUUUAUGACUAAAUACAUUAAAAUAUUUAUAAGCUACUUCCAUUGA